GCCUGUAGCAGCAGCAGCAGCCAGCAGCAGCAUCAACAUCGACCGCAUACUCAUCCACAACCUACACUGGAGUGAUUUUGGAGUUUCUCCUUCCCGGCAAAGCGAUCUAGUUCCUGUGAAUGAUCGAUCGAUCAAAGUGAGCAAAAGCAAAGUUUGUGAGCAAAACAGUGCCAAACGAUUGCCGCGUUCAUCGAGAGUGCGAGUGAUUAGAAUUUCGGAUUCGGAUGUUCGAGAUCGACGCUGAGCGUUGAGUGUCGCGGUUUCGAGGUGUGUAAAACAACGCAAGUGGCCUCCCCGCUCCGCCUUCAGGUCUAGGGGGCCUAGAAUGGUAAACAGUUAACCUGAAUUUCUCUCCCGGCUACCCGUGGAAAAUGGUACAGCUCGAGUGACCAGCAGAGCACCCGGUUCCCGGAGUUGUCGAAAAUUGUCCGUCAACCGUCAGUGAAACGCGUGUGACCGCGAGCUCGAGCGCACCGAAAUUAAAGUCAUCAAUUUCCGGCCAGGCCUCGCCCGGGAGCCGCCCCGGGAGUGACUGAUAAAUGUGGUCCAGUUUCCCGCGACCCGAGUUUCUCGGACAAUGAAGCUGCGCCGCCGUGUUGUGCCGUGCUGUGCUUUGGUUUAAGGAAAAGUGAAAAUAGAAUUUAUGAGCCCCUAGAGAGUGAGACAGAUACAGAGAGAGAAAGAAGCUGCAGCAUAAACUGUGUACUGGGUGUCAUUGGGCAGAGCGCGAUCCUCUGUCGACAUCAUUUCGCGCGACCAUCGUUGAAGAUCGAUCGUCGAGCUGAGAAGGCGUACGCACUGAUCAGCGUGAAUCUUAAAACCAUUUCUUCAUCCCUAAGAGCGAACCGGUACUGUAUGGUGGUGGCGGCAUGGAACUGCGCAAAAUGAGUACGGCCAAGCAGCAGCAGCAUCAGCAGCAACACCAACAGCAGCAGCAGCAGCAACGCGAAGAUCGUCGAUAUUCGAUGCCGCACGGGAUGCACGGGACGCUUCCGCCCGGCGCAACGGAUGAUCUGCACGCCUGGUCCAUCUACCGACAAAAUUUGAAUUCAGACUUUGCCGACUCGGCACUCGGAUCGUCGGACAAAUCGCCCAAACCGUACGGUUCCCAGUACCACCGCGAUACGGCCAUCCACAAUCAUCCACGCUACGGACCGAAGCAGAAUCCGAUCAACUCGAACAUGUACACCUACCUCAAGUUCGGACUGCCACGUGUUUUCCCACCGAACGGGGGUCAACCGAUGACGAAUGGACGCCCGGGGCGCAACUCCUCCAAAGCGAAUGGCCGAGGACGCGUGAACCGUGGCUACCGGGACAGUACCGGACCGGGGCCGGGUUCAUCCGGUUACGAUAGUAGCGAUAACGAGACGAACCGUGGGCGUGUGCCAGCUAACCUAAGGAAAUACCGCAGUGAGUCCGAUUUCCGUGCGAUCGGUGCUACUACCAACUCGCGGCCAAGCUCCCGUGCCCAAGGUAUACCGUUGGCGGCCCUUAAGCAGGCCAACAGCCGAGCCAGUAUAGCGGGCACACACGUCUACAAUCCGUACGCCACCAACUUGCGGCAUCACAAUCUACGCUCGCAGAGUGAGGCCGAUCUGUUGGCCGAAUGGGACUACGAUGAUUCACCGACGUACGGUGAGACGCGGCUCUAUCCGGAGGAUAUCUACACGACGCAAAGCCGACGACAUUCCCUCGCCGGUCUGGUGUAUCCCAACAUUCAAGUCCACUGUCUGGAUGUACUGCCCGGUUUACGUGGCGUAUCGCUACAAGCAAAGGCCGGCGAUCUGUUCGCCAUUAUGGCAACUUCACAGCGCGAGGGAACGGCCCUGGUUGAGGCGCUCGCUGGUGUACGGCAGCGGAUGGGCGGUGAAAUCCUGGUCAAUGGGCAGCAGGUUAAUCGUCGUAUCUUGCGCCAACUGUGCGGUUACGUCCCCGCACUCGAUUCCGCUCCGCUCGAUCCACGCAUGAGCGUCCAGAGUACGCUUUCGUUUGCGGCAGCUCUGCGCGGUCCGUACGAUCGUAGUGAUCUGAAGGAGCGCAUCGAUAUCCUGGUGGAGGAUCUGGGACUAACGGCGGUCCGGUCGGCGAACGUGUCACGGUUGACGCACUCGGAAAAGCAAAGACUGAACGUGGCGUGCCAGCUGUUGACGCAGGCUUCGAUUCUGCUGCUCGACCAGACCACGAUCAAUAUGGACAUCUUCGAUACGUUCUUUCUGGUGGAGUAUCUGCGGCAGUGGUGUAGCGCUGGACGGAUCGUUAUUAUGACACUGCAACCGCCAACCUUCGAGAUCCUGUCGAUGUGCUCCGGUGUGUUGCUGUUGUCCGGGGGUCGCACCGUUUACUCGGGCAGUCGAGCCGAUCUGCCACGCCAUAUGGGCCAGCUGGGGUAUCCGUGUCCACCGUUUAAAAACCCGGCCGACUACUAUCUGGAUUUGGUGACGCUCGAUGAUCUGUCGGCGGCUGCAAUGUUGGAAUCGUCUGCUCGAAUUGAAUCACUGGCCAACUCGUGGGAUCACGUGAAUGCGGAACCACCGCUUGCGGCCCCGGUGGCCAACUUGCCGGAACCGACCAGAAGUGCUGGGUUUUUCAGCCAGAUCAAUGCCCUUGCCAAGAGGUACAUGUCUUACAAGCAACCAGGAUCACUGCUCACCUGGAUCAGCAGAUUGAUUCUUGCCGCCGUUCUCUCCCUGUUCAUCGGAUGCAUCUUCUGGGACGUACCGGCCUCGGAUCCUCAGCUUACCCUUAACGAUCGUCUUGGCUAUCACCACUGCAUGAUGAUGGUGGCCCUGUGGCCGCUGCUACUGUUGCAGAUCCGUGACGUCCAGGAAGAUCGCCGACACGCCGAGAAGGACCUGAAGCUGGGACUGUACGGUCGUUUCCUGUACAUCAUCAUCCAAAGUACGCUCAGCGUGAUGCCCAGUUUGUGCAUCUGGCUAGCUUAUCUGCUUCCGGCGCACAGUAUGGCCGGACUGUACUCCUAUACGACCAACAACGAUACCGGCAUCUAUCUCUACAUGGGUUACAUGCUGCUCUACCUUAUGGCCAUACAGACGAUCGUGUUGUUCAUUGCCCAUCUGGUACCGUGCGGGAUCACCGCGACGAUCGUUACCACGCUUGCCCUGCUACUCAUGGCCUCCGUCGGUGGCUAUGCCGUCCAUGUGGCCAAUGUACCCGAGUACCUGCGGUGGAUGGAGUUGGUCACACCCCAGAAGUGGCUCACGCCGCUGCUGACCGAGACCGAGUACAGUGCCGAAACGUUGGUCAGCAUUACCAGCCAGCAGCAGUGUCGCAACAAGCAGGUCCAGUACACUGAAAUCAUCGUACAGCAACCAUGUCCCCCACCGAAUGGCACCUUCUUCCUGGCCGAUCAUCACCUCCUCCAGCGGGACCACAUCCUGGACACUGGCGACAUGUACACCUCGACCGUGCUCGGGCUGCUGAUCACGUGUAUCAUCUUCUUUGCCCUCACCAUGUUCGUCUUUCUCGUCAACUGUCAGUCGCUGCUGCGGAAGAAGAAUCCACGCCACGGCAAACGCGUCUAGGGAGCGCGGAACCAUUUCACGUCUAUCCAGCCAGCCGGCCAGACUCCCCGGAACUGCGCUGGAAAUGGCCCUUAGAGAAGCGACUUAGAAAGUAUAGUAGAGUACAGUAGUAGAGAGUAGAGUGUAGCUAGGAAAACAGUGCCCCAAACGGUGCGCUGGUCGCGUAAACCUGUAAAAGUGCUAGUUAAAUUUUAAUUUUACUCUUCAUUUCGCCCCAUUUCUUACGGGAACAUUCCCUUCGCUUGUUCCCUUCGCUCGUUGGGGUAGCGGAAAUUGGCGAAAUUUCAGAAAAACACCACCCCACAGACCCACAUGCUAGUGUUAUGUUCCGUUGCAUUAAAUAGCUUAUGAUGGUUUGUCCGGAGAUCCGGAGAGAAGUUAGAAAAUAGGAGAAUAGAGACGAACUGAUGGUGAGGAGAGGGAGGAUCAAAUUUUUACUCAAUCACUUCUUCGCCGUGAACCGGUUGAUGGCGAUAACCAUCGGGGUGCGGGGUGCGCGUGGAGAAGUGUUGUAAGUUUUAUAUAAAAAAAAUAGUACCCGAAAACUUCCAUUGUAGGUAGACUAUAGGCAUUUAAAGGAUCGGGAUGCGGUUAUAAGCUGACGCCCUGGUUCAUAGGUCGCGCAUUCACCAGCAGGCAAUGAGGAUAACUUUUUUUUAAUAAAAGACAAACAAAU